GUAGUGAGAGCUUUGUGGACGCGACCAAAGAAACUCACCGGCAUGGACGCAAGCGGCCGGAUUGUGAGGCACUGAAUGAGCUCACCUCACCUUGGAACAUUGCUUUGUCUUCCUACCAAAACGUAGAAACUAGUCCUUUUUACCCCUUUUUUUUAACAGCUUAAUUUUAAAGCACUGACCACGCAGCGUGUCCGAGUUGGAGCACCUAUCCCCCGGCGGGAGCGCACGCCGAGCAGUCCCUGGAUCCCGGAGGGAUUUUUACCACAAAAACUCACUUCCGCAUUCUUUAAAAAAAAAAAAAGCAUCUUAGUGGAAAGAAAGAGAUGAUUUGGACAUUUUGGAGCCCCACUUGGACUUGAUGGAUGAAUGUGGAUGCAGCGACAGGUACCAGCAGAAGCACCUGGUUGUGUGCCUCGCCAUCCCGUAAACGUUCCAAAUCAUUAUAGUUAGAUUUUCUUGAUUGUGCGUCAGCCGCAGGUCAUCCAAGGCACUUGUCAGCCUCACCCCAUCAAACACCGAGGGUUCAACCAAGGACAUACCGGGCCUGGACUCGAGCUGAAGUUGUCCACAAGGACAUGUACGUGGUACCGAGCUCACAUGCUCCCGACUGACCGACGCUCAAUUGUCUCACCGGCCCGAAGCGCACGUAAAAGUCUGCCCCUAACCUCCUCGGUUCCCACUUGUGUGUGCACAUUCAGCAGCAUGGCGGGACUCGCUUGUUGGAAGUAUUACCUCUGGAUCUUUAUCUUCAUGUGUAGAACGGUGCUACUUUCGGCCAAAUCCCUGGAGACCAUCAUUUGGGGCUCGCAAAAUCCCAAGUUUCUGGCUGGCAAAGGCCUGAUUAUCUACCCAGACAUUGGGGACAAGCUGGAUAUCAUCUGUCCCAGAGCAGAUCAAGGCCAAGAGUACGAGUACUACAAACUAUACUUGGUCAAGAGGGAGCAGGCGGAGACUUGCAGCACGGUCCUUGAUCCAAAUGUCCUGGUCAAUUGCAACAAACCGGAGAAAGACAUCAAAUUUACCAUCAAAUUCCAGGAAUUCAGCCCCAACUAUAUGGGCCUUGAAUUCAAGAGGAACGUCAACUACUACAUCACCUCAACCUCCAAUGGCACAGUGGAGGGCCUGGAGAACCGCGAGGGAGGCGUGUGCAAGAGCCGAGCCAUGAAAGUCAUCAUGAAAGUCGGGCAAGACCCAAAUGCGGCAGUGCCAGACGAUCCAGAAGAUAACGCCAUACCUGAGUCCAGUGCUAAGCCGCCAGACCAGGAUCGAGUGGGACCUGAGAUGCCUGGAAACCCUGACACCAUGAACCAGGACCAGUCCGGUUCUUCCGGCAACUCGGACGGCUUCCUGGGCUCCAGGGUGGCCGUGUUCUCCGCCAUCGGCGCCGGUUGCAUCAUCUUCCUGGUGCUCAUUCUCCUCCUGGUCAUCUUGCUCAUCAAGAUGCGUAAGCGGGCCAGGAAAAACAGCCACUCGCAGCCCCGUCCCUCCGCGCUGUCACUCAGCACGUUGUCCAACCCCAAGCUGCCCGGGGGCACUGCUGGCACGGAGCCCAGUGACAUCAUCAUUCCGCUGCGGACAGAGAACAACUACUGCCCUCACUAUGAGAAGGUGAGCGGCGACUAUGGCCACCCGGUCUACAUCGUCCAGGAGAUGCCGCCGCAGAGCCCCGCCAACAUCUACUACAAAGUCUGAGCCUGGUUUAUGUUCCUGGAAAGAACUCUUUGCUUUGCUUUUGGGGACUUGAUUCUUCCUUCAAGCCCAUUAUUUGUUUCCGUUUUUUUUUUUUCCUUUUCUACCACCUGCCGCACAAAUCUGGAGAGACGCACCAGAAAGCAGAGACCAGACUGACGAGAGAAGUUCAUUAUGUGCGUUCGGGGUGCUUGGAAAUCCCCGCCCUUUCUUCCUCCUUUCAGUACUGUCUCCCUGCUGUGGGGUCAAAGGUCAGGCUGGCUGGCACAAACCAAAAAGACGGGUUUGUGUGUCCACUUUAAUGGAGCGGAUAUAACCCUAACCGGCUCCCCUGACGCGACAACACUCAAACCAUGCACACUAGCCAGGAACAAGGCCGUUUGUGCUGCACGUGUGUGUGUGUGUGUGCGUGUGUGUGCACCUGUGUGUCAGCAGGGUGUCAGCUCCACUCUCCAGAUAGCUCAGGUAUCAGACACGGUGUGGGACCUGUUGUGUUCCUCUCCCUUUGCCUUACUUUUUGAUGGAGGACUUCUUCCUCAGCCCUGAUUCAGUUCACAAAGCAGUCGUAUUUUGUUAGACUUUUCCUACAAGUGCACAAUGUAUAGUUCUAUAGAUAAUCAUUAUUAUUAUUAUUAUUGGUAUUAUUACUACUCAUCCCACCCGCUCAUCUCAUCCAUUACAGUAGAAACCUGGACUGUUGCUCUCAAAGUCUCUCCAUAACUGUGGUGUUUAUGACCUACUUGUGUGUAUUUUAGGGUUUGUCAUGUGUGUGUGUGAAUGUGUGUGCGCCUGGGCGUGUCUAGACCUCGCACCUAGGAGGACUUACUUGCCAGAACAGUGAGUUACUGUAUUGGAAGCAAAAAACAAGACAAACCGACAAGACAAAAAUCCCUCCGGCGUCGUCGGGUUUCUCUUUGAAGACGUCGUCGUUUGUGCGGACACGUUGAAAUGCGUCAGGAGUCGAAUACGAGUAUGAGGACCGCAUAGUUGUCCUAUAUUGCAUGGCGAGCCGCAGAUGGGCUACAGUAUUGUUUGAUGCCAAUUGGCUGCCAUCUGCGGAUGAGUCAGCGGAGUUCACACUAAUAUGUGCCAUCUUCAUGCCCACAUGCACCAGCCGGGAGAGUAGAGCGUGUUCCUGCGAGUUGUGAGGAAGAUGGUUGCGCUUUAGGUAGUUUCAUUUAGCGUCGGGGUGUGAAUUGAAGGGGGGGGAAAAAAAAGAUACAAUUCCACAGUCAAGGUGUUGAGGCUGCAGCUCACUUAUCAGCAGCACCGGGAGCUCGAAUGUGUGCACUGCAGAAGGCGUUGGGGCUAGGGACUAAUUGCUUGUAUUUCUGUGUGUGUGUGUGUGUGUGUGUGUGUGUGUGUGUGUGUGUGUGUGUGUGUGCGUGUGUGCGUGCGUGUGUGUGUGUGUGUGGUUGUGCAGACCUGUUUUGGGACAGGAAAUUGGUGCUGCCAAAGUAAGGCGCAGUCUCACCUAAUGAUGCGUGAGAGAAGUGGACCGCCAUUCCCCAACAUGCACGCUGACGUGCACACACACACACACACACACACACACACACACACACACACACACACACACACACACACACACACACACACACACACACACACACACACACACACACACACAGACACACACGCAGACACACACGCACACGCCCGGACACAUGACGACUGACAGGCUUAGGUUGACGUGCGGGUCAGACCGCCGCUCGGGGUUCAGGAGGCGGCCAUCAUCCAGCGUGGAUGUUAGCCGCCGAGACGCUGGAGUGUGGCUAACAACCUAAACAGCUGCUUUCUGUGCUCCUGUGUUUUAAGUCAGCACGCGUUCCUCCGCCAAACACAUCAAAUAUUUUGCCUGGGGAUCAGCGUGCCCUCGGCGUCAUGCAGCCGAGGGAGUCGUUUACCGCAUUACCACAAAACCAUUUCUCAUUUUUCCGCCAUUCUUCUCACCACUGUCAUGCUAUUCAGAUUUUGGGGGAGAAAGCAUGGAAGGGAGAUGUAAAUAUUAUGCAUAGAGCCCCGUUUAAGAUGUAAUUUCACCCCAGACACUGCUUAUAAGUACACAAAUACAAUUAGAGUUUUGUAAUGGAGGAUAUUUGUAAAUAGCAGUCUUUUUAAAGUGUGUUUUGUAUGAAUCCCUUCUCGUCUCGGUUUGCAAUACCUUUCUAUUUCCGUUUCUUUUCGAGGCAAACACAGCUGUCCAGUAUUGUCUUUCCUACCACAAGUGUUGCGGUUUGGACGCACUUGUAGUGGUCUUUGAGAAGGAGACUCCAUCCUCCGGUGUUGGGAACACAACUUAAUGAAGACUGUUUGAACACAACACUACUAUGAGCUACCUACACGUGCACCUCCACUAGCAAUCGUAACACACAAGUCCCUGAUCCAUGAGUUUCUUGUCGGUUUUAACAAGCGCGCACACACACACACACACACACACACACACACACACACACACACACACACACACACACACACACACACAGGCGCAAAGAAACGGCAACAAGAAAAGGAGCCAUGUAUGACCCAAUAAAUCAUCCGCUUAAGUCUCCGUGGUCAGAGGUCGACAACCUUUACUGUUUUAUUUUUGGGGAUGUACUCAUGGUUAGCUUACUGCAGAUGUCUCAGUUACCAAACUCACACACACACACACACACACACACACACACACACACACACACACACACACACACACACACACACACACACACACACACACACACACACACACACACACACACACACACACACACACACACACACACACACACACACACACACACACACACACACACCUUUUCCUUACCUUCCUCACGCUCAUCCAAUCACCAGUCAGGACUAGAGAUGGGUAUCAAUUAACUAAAUUUUAAAUCACAUUGAUUACACUUAAACAAUUUAAUUACCAUAUGUUAUAGACCGUAGAGCACACCAGUCUGUAAGCCGCACCCACUAUAUUUUAGAAGAAAAACAUAUUUUUUCCGUAUUAGCCGCAUCGGACUAUAAGCCGCAGAUAUAUACAUUGCAAUAUGAGUUAUUUACACGGAAAGAUUUUGUGAAUGUUUAUUUACAUACCAAACGGUGCCUGUAACACGGCAGUAAAACGGCUGAUCAAACAAAACAGAACCACUAGACGCGAAAGCUAGCUCUUCAAUCAGCUAAAUAGACUCAAUAACUCCACAGUGACAUCUUGGUGAAUUUACGAAACAAUACAAAAAGAAGACCAUUGAAAGUUAAUAAUACUAACAAGUGGUAAAUGUGUUAACAUAUUACCUCAUGCUAACGACGCUAGCUUGAUUACAUUACGAUGGCACGUACAAUAAGCAUGAAAACACUACUAUCAAACGUGUGACGGUUUAGUAAGUAUAAAUAUUGUAAAACUUACAAACGUUGCCGGGAGGGAUGAAUAAAGAAAGCAUACGAGUAGAACCGCUAUGGAAGACAAGUACUUUUGGUUCAAGGAACGAAACAGGAAGUACAUUUUGAACCCUCAGCACAAACAAUAUAAAAGGUGUGUUAUUGUUUGUGCAUUCAGUAUCUCUGUCGGUGUUUUAUGAAAACUGUUUGCUGAUGACAAAACAUUAUCGCCGUUAGUGACCUAAAAAAAAAUCAUAAAUUAGCCGGACUGUUUUAAAAGCUGCAGGGUUCAAAGCGUCGGAAAAAAGUAGCGGCUUAUAGUCCUAAAAAGUAAUUUGCAGUAAAUUACUUGCAUUAUGUAAAUUCCCUUUAUUAAAAAAAAAGACACCAAUAUUUUGACACUAUUUUUUUCAUUGUCAAACAGCAACAUUUUAAAAAAUGUUUUAAGUCAUUUCCAACUAGGGCUGGGCGAUAUGGCCUUUUAUUAAUAUCUCUAUAUUUUUAGGCCAUGUCACGAUACACGAUAUGUAUCUCGAUAUUUUGCCUUAGCCUUGAAUGAACACUUGAAGCAUAUAAUCACAGCAGUAGGAUGAUUCUAUGUGUCUACAUUAAAACAUUCUUGUUCAUACUGCAUUAAUAUAUACUCAUUUUAAACUCUCAUGCAGAGAGGGAAAUCACAACUAAGUCAAUUGACCAAAACUGUAUUCAUUAAACAGUUAUUAAGCAGUGGCACAAACAUUCAUGUCAUUUCAACGCUUUUGCAGCAUACUUGUAAAACAUCUUCCCACUUGAAGCCAAACCACCGCCGGACGAUGGAAUUCUUGGGAAUUAAUUCUUCCUUCAUUUGUUACCAGAUUCGCACCUUCUUUCUCUCGUAUUACCACUCGCACCGCUCUGUUAGCACCUGCCACUGCUAACGUUACCCAUGCGGCUACCUCUCUGCUCGCCAACGGCGUGUGACGUUGCACGCGCGUCAGUAUGUGACGUAUGUAAGAAGGUGCGCUUGUUUUAAGUCUCUGUGAGAAGCAGAGACAAGAGUGAGAAACGCCUGUAGUGUAAUGCCCGCAACUAAAAGCAACUGCGUGAGGACGUAUACUCGAAUAUCACGAUAUAGUCAUUUUCUAUAUCGCACAGAGACAAACCGGCGAUACAUCGAGUAUAAUCGAUAUAUCGCCCAGCCCUAUUUCCAACCCAAAACUUUACCACCAUGAUUUAGGUAAAAGAAUGCAUGCGGUAAAACCUGCGUGUAUACAUGAUUGGUGCCAUAAUUUUCUGUUGUUAAUCACAGCUUGAGUUUCAACCAAUGCCAAAUUGUUACUUUUGAAAUGGCCCCUCAACUGGUACGUAGAACAUGGAAAACAUCAAUCCCUAAUGUUUGUAUGCCCUUUAAAAACUCAGACUUUUAAGGUUAAACAAUUUUUUUGUAUUUUUUACUCCAUUUGUCAAUAAACUUCAGCCCGAAAACAAAAAUAUCAAAAUUCAAUCAAUCAAUCAAUCAAUGUUUAUUUAUAUAGCCCUAAAUCACAAGUGUCUCAAAGGGCUGCACAAGCCACAACGACAUCCUCGGUACAGAGCCCACAAGAGGGCAAGGAAAAACUCACCCCAGUGGGACGUCGAUGUGAAUGACUAUGAGAAACCUUGGAGAGGACCGCAUAUGUGGGUAAACCCCCCCCCCCCCCCCUCUAGGGGAGACCGAAAGCAAUGGAUGUUGAGUGGGUCUAGCAUAAUAUUGUGAAAGUCCAGUCCACAGUGGAUCCAACAUAUCAGCGAAAGUGAAAAUUGAAUGUUUUUUUACAUGGCUUCAUGGUCAGAUAAUGUCACAGGUUUAAAUUAGUAGAAAAUAAUCCAUGUUAUAAAAACAUACCAAUUGAGAAUUGUGACAUAAUUAGAUCAAAAUGCCUUCAAAAGGGUUAAAAUAGUUGAGAGAUUUGAGCAAAAAAAAAAAAAAGAAUUAAAAAAGUUUGAAUGUCCUUUAAAAAAAUGACUUAUGUUGUGUUUGACUUUUGGGUACUGCCUGUGAAAGAAUUGGACAUUGACAUUUUCUUAUUUAA